AGGAAAGUCCUGGUGACAGGGAUCUUGCUAUAAACCAGUCUCAUGCCUUCAGAGGUAUCAGCAAAGCCCUUUCCAGAACACUGUUUUCUCUGACUUUAAGCCUGUAUGGGUUGCAUGGAGAGGGCUUAUUCCUCCCAUUUUCCAGAUGAGAAAAUGGGCGAAGGUUGUGACUCCCCCGCCCCGACCCCAUUCACAUGGGGAAUAUGUAGAUCUCUGAAAAGAGGUGAUACCUUUCAGAUCCUCUGCCCUCCUCCCCUCGAAAAAAAGCAAAGGCCUGUGAUUCACCAUACCCUCAUGGCUAUUAUUCUCUAUACUAUUCGUCAACUAAGACAUUUCAGCCUUAGGCUCCUCUCGAGUAGUUAUUGAAAUCUCUUGUUCAGCGCCUCUGGCUUUCUUCUUGAAUAUCUUCUCCGACUAGACUGUGAGCUCCAGGAAGAUAGCGUCUUGCCCUCUUUGACCUCACGUCACUCCCUGUACCUCACCUCAUACUUUGAACGUAACAGGCACCUUAAUAAAAAUCAGUUGGCUUGGUGGUUCUAAGGAUGAGUACCGGUUGGAUCAUGUGAUUGGCAGUGCUUCUGAGGGAACAGAUGUUCCUAUUCAAAUCCAUGAAACUGGAAACAUGAAAAAACAACAAUCAUGACAUUGAUUGAUAGUGAUAUUUACUGUGUCAGACUGUUUAAGCUUAAGCUAUAAAAUAGACUAUCACGUUCUGUCGUCUUUCCAUUUUGAUUUCAAAGGUUCUCACACACUUAAAUAAUGUCCCUUGACUCAGAUCCUAAUUCUUGUGUGAUGUACUAUGUAAUAUUUCCUUAUCAAAUUACAGCCCUGUUCUUUUGAAUUUUACACUCAAAGCUUCCCCUUCCUGAGAAAACACCACUUCUGGGUGCUUUGAAGACAUUUUUUGGUCUGUUAUAAGAAAAUAUUUAUCAGUUGGCAAGGCAUGUAGUGCUGAGAACACGGUAGACAAUGCAGGGCCGGAGCGAGGUGUGUGUUGCUGAGUAUCCUGUCUGCACUAAUUUCCUAAAUCCCCUGCCUGCCAGAUGGGUGGUCAUCGUCUGAACUGGUUCAUAAAAGGUGAUUUUAGAACCUGCGGUAUAAUCUUGAGCACAAACAAGGCUGAAGGGCUGUCUUUUCUGUCUUAUUCAGGUCCUGAGCAGGCAGAGCCACGCGCUAUGAGCACCUCGGGUCUGUUCCGUUUUCCUACCCCACUGACCAGAGUGUGCAUGGUGCCCUGGGGACUCCGGCUCUGCGAGAAGCCGGAACUCUUAUCCCCUGGAACAGCGGUCACUCCAGUCCAGGCGGCAGGCAAGAAGGACCACCCUGCUCUGCUCUCCCUGGAUGAGAGUGAACUUGAAGAGCAGUUUGUAAAAGGACAUGGGCCAGGGGGCCAGGCAACCAACAAAACAAGCAACUGCGUGGUGCUCAGGCACGUCCCCUCAGGCAUUGUGGUCAAGUGCCACCAGACUAGAUCCGUCGAUCAAAACAGAAAGCUAGCUCGGAGAAUCCUGCAAGAGAAAGUGGAUGUUUUCUACAACGGUGAAAACAGUCCUGUUUACAAAGAAAAACGAGAGGCAGAGAAGAGAAAGCAAGAAAGGAAAAAAAGAGCAAAGGAGACCCUAGAGAAAAAGAAACUCCUGAAAGAACAAUGGGAAUCAAGUAAAAAUGUGCCCAGAGAAAGGACUGCAGAUUCUGACUGAAAGAACCUGCCGGAUGGGACUUCGCUGGUGGCGCACUGGUUAAGAAUCUGCCUGCCGAUGCAGGGGACACGGGUUCGAGCCCUGGUCUGGGAGGAUCCCACAUGCCACGGAGCAGCUAAGCCCGUGCACCACAACUACUGAGCCUGCGCUCUAGAGCCCGCGAGCCACAACUACUGAGCCCGCGUGCCACAACUACUGAAGCCUGCACACCUAGAGCCCGUGCUCUGCAACGAGAAGCCACCGCAAUGAGAAGCCCGCGCACCGCAACAAAGAGUAGCCUCCGCUCGCCACAACUAGAGAAAGUCCACGCGCAGCAACGAAGACCCAACGCAGCCAAAAAUAAAUAAUUAAUUUUUAAAAAAAGAACCUGCCGGAUGCCUCCAGGGACGGCGUGAGCUCCACCACCAGCGCAGCUGUGACGGGCUCCAGAGACAGCAGAGUUUCUAAACAGCAGACAAACUGUAGUGAAUAGCAGUGCAUACUUUGAGAAUAAAACUGUAAAAAGAAACACGAGGAAGUCAUUACUGUAGAAGGACAAGGGCACUUUUUGGGGGAGGAAAGGCUGUCAUUGUGACGCAGGGCUUGGAGGGGCUUCUGGGCAGCUGACAAGAGUUCUGUUUCUUGACCUGGACGGUAGUUAGAAGUAUGUCACCUUUUAAGCUAUACAUUUGUGUGACUGUAUCUGUAUCUGCACCACGAGGCUUGUGAGAACUUAGUUCCCCGACCAGGGAUUGAACCUGGGCCCCGGCAGUGAGAGCGCAGAGUCCUAACCACUGGACCGCCAGGGAAUUCCCCAAUGAAAAUAUUUUCUGAAAAAAAGCAUUAAUGUAAGUAAUGGACUUUUUAUGGAAAACUAUAGAAUUGAGUCAAACAAUAGCAUUUAGUGCCUCCUUGUCACCUGCUGGAAGGUCAUUGCUCAGUGAUACAUGGAUGUCAUUAAGAGAACAAAAGAAAACAAGAUGGCGAAAGAUUUACAAGUUAGUAAGUUACUUGCCCAUUUACCCCAUUAGCUUAAUAGACUGUGUUGACAAGUAACCUCUCUGAUGUGGAAAUACACAUGUCAUUCUCUGUAUGCUGAUUUGUAAGUAGUAGGUUUAUAAAAGAUGAGGUUUCAGAAACCUGGGUUUGUGAAUUUGCUUGAUACCAUCCUUCAAGCUGGAUCUGACCGUACAAACUGUUUGGGGGUUUUCAGGCAUGGUUUGUUAGCACACAUCCGGAAGUUUAUGCAUAAAACUAGUAGGGAGACAAACCGUGAGGUGAGAAGGCCACUGUCAGACCCAGGGUCGGCCUCAUCCGUGAAGACCAGACUGCGUGCACCCAAAUAAAGUUCCCUGUGAAGAAGCCCGGGAAGGUCUUCCCACCUCCGAGUAGCCCGGUUCGGAAGUUUAGCUCUACGCAAGGCUCUCGACCUCUGGUCGCAGUGUGCGGGGCCCUUCCCAGGUCCAGCCUCCUUUUAGAAGGGAGCCAAGUGAAGCAUCUGGAAUGGUACACAGAAGACCGUAAUAGUGGAAGGGAAUUUGGGGAGCUUCAGACAAGGGGGACAGAAGCUUUAACUUUUGUCUCCCCCCUUCUUGAACCUUUUUGAAUUUCCUGUCACGUCCACGAAGGAGAUGCAGACAAGCCGACUGCCUAGUACCCGUUCCUCCGGCCUUUAGAGCUGUCAUGGCUGGGACCUGGCCUUAUGCCUGUGAAACUGACCAGGUCCCUCCUUUUGUCUUAGUCUACCCCUCACCACGGUAAAUCCUCAUUACAUCGGGAUCGGGGCCUAAGGAAUAUAGUAAGGAUGACCUCCAAGUCCCUUUGGAAGGUCCCCACUGUUGGGGACCACCCCACGAAUUCUCAGCACAUCCGAGGCAACCCAGUUUUCCCAGCACCAGAGCAGGUAGUUCUUCCAGUGAGAACAGGAUGAAGUAGCUAGCUUGAGUUUAAAUGCUCACGGGUUAAGUUCCUAAAAACAGAAUGGCCUAACUUGGGGGAGCACAGAAAGGGCGAAGUCAGUAACAUCGCCUCUACUCUUGUUUUCCUUCCUGGCACACACUUAACAUCUGCUGCAGUUAAGAUGCAUGCAUGACGCAGCUCACCUGAUCCCUGCCUUCUGACUUAACCGACACAUCCUGUCCCUGGCCUGUUGUGCUACUGAUAUUGUCACGCAAGAUGUUUCUGGACCAGGUGGGAAAAUGCCCUUUGACAGGUCUCUCCCCACUCUCGCUGAGGAGCCGUUCUUUAAAAUACCACCAAGAAUUUGCGGAACCCACAUCUUAAUACAAGCUGUUAAUGAAAAUAAGCUUUAUUACAUCGAGUAAUAAAUACAAAGAUGCAAACAGUCCCAUUUUCUUCCAGAUGUUUGGAUCAACUUACAGGAAAGGCAGAACUGAAAUCUACAUACAGUCUCAGGAAAAAUUUCGGGGAUCCUUGUUGGGUUUGGUUUGGGAGGUUGCUCUUUCUUCUGUAUGUAUAUAACUUGUGCAUUUUAAAAGUCGACUUCAGAGCACUAAUAGUCAUGCAAAUGCUUAAGCAAAAAAGAAUUUACGUUAAGCAGAAUCUAUAGUGUAUGGGAAACGAGGGGACCAGCUACUAGUUAAGUGUGCUGUCAAGUCCGCACUACAAAAAAAACCCUUCAAGUUGUAUCAGCUUAUGAAAAGGAUCAAAGAACAAUCCGGGUAACAUAAAUGUAUUCAAAAGAGGAGAGCGAGACAGUGGUAUCUUGGAGGCAAACUAGUUUGCUGUAAGAUAGGUAAUUUUUACGUGCAUCUUUUGAAUCAAUGCUUUAAAAAACAACAACAAACACCUGGGUAGUUCCUAACUAUUUAAAAUGUAACUCCCAAUCAACUGCAAAAUCUUUCCUCAAUCUUACAGACUGUAGAUUCGGAGCCUAGUGAACCAUGGGAGGGGCAGGGGGAGGAGAAACCAAACUGUUACCAUUUUGAAAACAAAAGUUUCAUCUGAACAGGGGAGAUGAACUGUAACUUCUCUCCGAAGAUGGAAAACCGUCCAGGCUCACAGGGCAGCUAAGACCUGGCAUUCCGUUCCGUUUCAGCCAAGCACUCCCGCACCAACCCUCGAGCGUGGAUGAUGCCUGGAAGAGAAGCAGAGGCGGACGUCAGCCAGCAGCACCCAUUCCAGAAGAGGAGGAGGGUCCUUCCAAACCAACCGCGAAACCCUCAGACUGGAGGAAACUCAGGACCUGCAUCCAACACCCCAAACCCCAUCCCACCCCUCAAAGCAAAAACCCCUCUGCACGUCUCCCUAAAAGUUUCUUCCCAUGCUCAAGGUGACAGCCAGCAAGCUCUCUUUUUAUGACGUGACUCUAUUUGAACCCUGUUACCGUCCAGAUGACAGGAGGCAGUGUGUCCCCACCCAAGUUCUUUAAGCAGGGACCCGCUUUGGAGAUUCCACGCCUUCAAACCAUUAUUUCUCCUAAAUUCUAGAAAGGGCUUGACAAUGUCAGGCAGCCUGGCUGGUUCGGGUGCGAGACGAGUGCUCACUCAGGCCACCUUGGUCCACUGCUUUGUCCUUCCCCCCAGGGGACGGGUGCCACCUUCUGCACUAUUAUUCUCCCCUCAUCUUUUAUCUCUAUGGUUUGGGAGUUAUCUAUUGCUUGGGUUUUGUGGGGUUUUUUCCUUUUUUUGGCUUUACUGAACUUCAUGAAAUAUUGAUUUCAUUUUAAUAGACACCAAGAAUCUACUCCUUCCAAGAGCUGACCCCCCAGAGGGCACUGGGAAUGACACCCCAAGUCACUCAGGUGUCCCCACCUCACAAAUCUUACCCCCCAGAGCUUCCGAAGACUUUCUGGAAAGGGCUGUGUAGCCACUGUCGCAGCUACUCCACUCUGCCAUUGUACUGUGACAGCAGCCGCAGACAUUAAUAAGCAAUGGGUGUGGCCAUGUUCCAACAAGUCUUUACUUACAACACUGAAGUCUGAAUUUCACAUAAUUUUCACAUGUCACAAAAUCUUAUUUUUUUCA